AGUCCUUCCUUUGCUUCCAUUCCUCUUUCAGAAAAGCAUUAGUCAUGCCCAUAAUUUUUCGGAGAUCUUCACCAUCACGUAGGCUUUUCUCACCGUUGCCUCCAGAAGCCACAUCUUCAAGUUUGCCUCCUCCUCCUCCUGUGGAUCCCAAUCUUCUCUUUGCCUCUCCACCAUCGCCAUGGUUUUCAAACCUGAAUGACCUCAUACAUGCAUCGCUGCCAGUAUCUCUUCUAUCUACAAGAUAUGCCUCUAUUUAUGGAACACCACCACCACCACUGGUAUCAGUUUCUCCACCAUCACCACCAUUGCCACCUUCACGACUUCUAGAGUCACUACCGCUGAUUUCACCGGCUCCACUGUCGCCAGAGCCUACAAGUUCAGAGCCGCCAUCGUCGCCUACGUUGCUACAACCUUCUAUUGGCAAAUCCACUGGACUCUCACCAGGAUUGCUAGCAGCUGGAAUCGUGGCGGUUAUUGGUGUAGUUUGCAUUAUAUUAUUAUUAUUUGUUUGGUAUAAGAAGAAAAAGCGAGGAGAAAACGCAGCUGGAACUGGAAGUUCAAACAUCCGAACCUCAGCCCCUGAGGCUCCAAAUAGAGAUAAUCGUCAGAAUUCUCAGCCCCAACAAUGGGAACUCAAAGCAUCACCGCAAGGUUGUGAGGUACCAAUGCUACCAAAGUCUUCACCUCCAUUAGCAGCUGAAUCACCACAGCAGCUGCUUUCAGCAUCAUACAAUUCAGAGCUUCCACCUCCGGUCUCAAGCAGCACCGGAGGUUGGGGGCCCGUGCAUUCAGUGUUAGAGAAUCAACUUAAGCAGUCCUUCUCAACAAAGGCAUUCGAAAUUGAAGAAUUAGCAGAAGCAACCAAUGGAUUCUCAGAAGACAUAGGAGCAGGUGGUUUCGGAUAUGUCUACAAAGGAAUCCUUUCUGAUGGGAAUGAAGUAGCGGUUAAGUGUCUUAAAGAAAAAAGUAGACAGGGCGACCGUGAAUUUCUUACUGAGAUUGAAAUUAUUAGCCGUGUACAUCACAAACAUCUGGUUUCAUUGCUUGGGUAUUGUGUUAAUGGUAAUCAAAGAAUGCUUGUUUAUGAAUUUGUUCCAAACAAGACCUUGGACUUCCACUUACAUGGGAAAGAUCAACCAACUUUGGAUUGGGCUUCGAGACUAAAAAUCGCCAUUGGAACUGCAAAAGGACUUGCAUAUCUGCAUGAGGACUGUCAUCCUAAGAUUGUCCAUCGUGAUAUUAUGGCUACAAAUAUUCUCCUUGACUCUAAAUUUGAGGCAAAGGUUGCAGAUUUUGGGUUGGCAAAAUUCUUUACUGGUACUGAUACCCAUGUUUCAACCCGAAUAAUGGGAACUUUUGGGUAUCUUGCUCCAGAAUAUGCAUCCACCGGGAAACUAACAGUAAAAUCAGAUGUUUAUUCGUUUGGGGUCACAUUGUUAGAGUUGAUUACCGGAUGCUCCCCAUUUCAUGAAUCUCGAUUCGACCUAAAUGUUAGCUUUGUAGACUCGGUGAGGCCUUUGCUCACACAAGCUAUAGAGAAUGGCAACUAUGAUGCAUUUGUUGAUCCACGGUUACAGGACUACAACGCCACUGAGAUGGAACGCAUGGUUGCUUGUGCAAAUGCUUGUGUGCGUGUUUUUGCAUUGCAUCGACCCUGCAUGAGCAUGAUUGUUCAUGUCUUGGAGGGACUCAGAGCUAUUGCAGAACUGAAAGAAGUUCAUCAAAUUUGAAGCAACAAAUAAUGAAAUAUACAACAAAACCUUUACACUUCCACUCUCUGAACUAGAUUUAAAACUGUAGAUUUCUUUUUUUAUCCAUA